AUGGCAAGACCUAAGCGAGUCGCCAUCAUAGGCGCCGGUCCCUCGGGCCUGGUAACAGCGAAAACUCUUUUACUGAACUUCCCCUCAGGAACAUUCGAGCCGGUCGUUUUCGAGAAGAAGAACCGAAUUGGCGGCCUUUGGGCCGUGGACUACCCAUCGGGACCCCGCGUAUCAUCAGCUAGCGAGGACAUCGGUUGGGAUUCAACUCCACUUGAUUCGUCUGACCCUUCGCCUGAUGGUGCAGGUCGGUAUGGUCGCCGGGCCUUGGUGGACCCCUGGAUGCGGACGAAUCUGAGUCGUUUCUCCGUUGCGUUCUCCGACUUUUCAUGGGAGACGGCGCUGGGCGGCGGGGUUCCUGACUUCCCGUGUGCGUGGGAGGUUCGAAAGUACCUAGAGGAAUAUGCCAGAACGUAUAUCCCGACUGAGUGCUUGAGGCUGGGAACAAGGGUUUCAAGCGUGAGGAGAGCCAAUGGGGCCGGGGUGAAAGGUUGGGCUGGAUGGGAGAUGACCUGGAUAGAUGAUGGUGAGGAUGAAGGGCCUCUUAUUAGUGACUCGGAAGGUCCAAGUGUACGUAAAGAGGAGUUUGACUUCCUCGUGGUGGCCUCUGGACAUUUUGGGACUCCGAAUAUCCCACACGUGCCUAGACUGGAGUACCCCAUCCAUACUGUUCAUAGCUCAGAGCUUCAAGGCCCGGAAGAUAUAUAUCGUCUGCUUGAGAGGCCGCCAAAAAGAGGAAAGCUAGUCGUUGUUGGCGGAAGUAUGAGCGGAAUUGAGGCUGCAGCGUCACUUGCUCUUCACCUCUCGUCUAUAAAGGUCAGCCCGCGCUCUCCUGCUCAAAAGCAUGAAUAUGAGGUGUGGCAUAUCUCCACAGGGCCAUUCUGGGUCCUGCCCACCUACCUGCCACAUCAAUACGCGAAACAUCUCGAAGGAGAUACGAUACCCUUCGUCCCGCUUGACUUGUCACUGUACGAUUUAGAUAGUCGCCCACCCGGCAUGACUGGCGUCGCAUUCGGCCCUAUUUCGCAGGAACAGACUCGCAAGAGAAAUAUAGUCUUCCGCAAUAUGCUUGGGGAGGAUUACGCUAAGGUCGGUAGUGUGCACCAAACCAAUAACCAAGGAGUCGAGAACAACCGGCCGCCGUGGGUGGGAAUAUCAGACCAGUAUGCCGAGUUCGUUCGGUCUGGAGCUAUCAAUAUAACUACAGGCAGGGCUUGCUCAGUGACUUCUGAGGCUGGAUCCGGAACAGUCAACAUCGAAACAUCGGCCGGCACGACAUGCCUAACCGAAGUUGCGUCCAUCGUAAUGGCCACAGGCUUCAAGCCCUCCGAGUCACUCUCCUUUCUACCUCAAGACGUCCUUUCGACACUCGAAUACUGCAAAGAAGAUCAUUUUCUACCGCUUGUACUGGACAGCAUGAGCAGUGCGCAUAGCGCUAUCCCAGACCUCGGCUUCGCCGGCUUCUACCGGGGCGCAUUCUGGGGUCCCGCUGAGUUUCAUGCACAAAGUCUUGCUCAGGCGUGGGCAGCAGUCGACUUGGAAAGUGAGGUACCGAUUUCCCUGUCAGAGAAAGAGGAGAAUGAAAGGGCUGCUGAGCGGCAACGGGUCAGAGAUUUCAGGAACUUUCGACCUACGGCUCUUCGUGGUCAGUUCCCCUUUGGCGACUAUGUGGGGUUGAUGGAAGCCUUUGCUUGCCGGUUGGAAAGGCCCAGGCUUCCACUUGAAAUAUGGUCUAAUAUGAGUGAGCAGCCAGCGGGUCCGGUUGUUCCUGUUCGAUAUGCUCCGAUUGAUUUUGGUACAAACUUUGAGGGCUCAAAAAGCUACCCGGCACGGAAUGAAGUGAAGACCACAAUGAAAGCUCUGAACAGCACUCUUGCGCCAGAGCCCAGUCGAGCAUCUGUGGGUACCGUAGCAGCGAUCUUCAGAGCGUGGCACGGUCAGUGGAUAUUCGAGAGGGUCGUUACUUCUGAAGGUGGUGAGGAAGUCAGAUCUUCUGGGAAGACAACAUAUCACCCUCGCUAUCCGUCAUCUCCUGGUUACGAAGCGGAGUAUCUCUGCGAGGAGCUUGCACACAAUGAGCCAACAAAAACUAUCAAGCUAGUUUACCGGCUUUGCGAUACUUCCAGGUCCCCAAGACAGCGUGGAAUCCGCAUCUGGUCCGUCGACGAAGGUUCUUCGCCGAACUCCGCUGCUGAGCUGACGUUGGAGCUGCAAGUCGGACCGGUUGGCAGAGUAAUGCAGUCAGGGGAGAUAUUAGUGACAGCCGAGGCUUCUACUGAGUCAGGCAUGGAACAACACACUUUCGAGUUCCUGUUCCAAUGCGUCUCCAUCACGAGCUGGCGCCAUGAUGUGCUUUUUACUCGCGAGGGAACUGAGGUUCAGCGCACGACGCGGUAUAGCCGGCAGCAAGAAUCCUGA